AUGAUUCCCGCCAAAUCCCUCCUCGAAGAUGCAGCCGCAGACCUCUCGACCAACCUCUACGGCAAUCCACAUUCAGCCUGCGCCCCGUCCGCAUUAGCCGGGCGUCGUGUCGACGAGAUACGAGAGCAAGUGCUAAGAUUCUUCAACGCUGACCCCAAGUACUUCGACUUGGUGUUCGUCGCCAACGCAACUGCCGCCAUGAAGCUUGUCGUGGACUGCUUCAAAGAUCACUGCGACGCCACGCAGCGCCUGUCGAGAUGCCAACGCCGAAAAUUCUGGUACGGCUACCACCAGGACGCCCACAACUCCCUCGUAGGAAUCCGCGAACUAGCAGACGGCGGCCAACACUGCUUCAGCUCCGACCAAGAAGUCGAAGCCUGGAUCCAUGGUAGCAACAAAACAUCCAAAAGGCAAACGGGAAAGCAACUCCGCCUCUUCGCCUACCCAGGCCAAUCCAACAUGACCGGCCGCCGCCUCCCUCUCUCCUGGCCCUCCGACAUGCGCGCCUCCCCGCACACCUCCGACGUCUACACCCUCCUCGACGCCGCCGCCCUCGCCACCACCUCUCCCCUGGACUUCAGCGACCCAGCCUACGCCCCCGACUUCACCUGCCUCAGCUUCUACAAGAUCUUCGGCUCCCCAGACCUCGGCGCGCUCAUCAUCCGCACCACUAACCCCUCCGCCCUCCCCACCAUUCUCUCCUCCCGCCGCUACUUCGGCGGCGGCACCGUCGACAUGGUCACGACCGGCAACGACGCCCCCUUCCACGCCAAAAAGCCAUCGUCCCCUCCGCAUGCCCACCUCGAAGACGGCACCCUCCCCUUCCACAGCAUCAUCGCCCUCUCCGCCGCCCUCGCCACGCACGCCCGCCUCUACACCUCGAUGCGCUGCAUCAGCGCCCACACCUCCGCCCUGACCGCUUACCUGCACGCCUCCCUCUCCGCGCUCCGCCAUGCCUCUUCCCCCUCCUCCCCGCUCCUAACCAUCUACAACGACCACUCCGCCUUCGCCGACCCCCGCCUCCAGGGCCCAAUGCUCGCCUUCAACGUCCUCCACCGCGACGGCCGCACGCUCGUCCCACCCGCCGCCGUCGAGCGCGCCGCCGACGCGCGCCGCAUCUACGUGCGCAGCGGCAGCCUGUGCAACCCGGGCGGCGCCGCGCGGUAUCUAGGGUGGGAAGCGGCGCAGCUGCGGGCGCUGUACGAGCGGGAAGGACUGCGGUGUAGUGACGGGAGUGUGGGCGUGAUACAGGGCCGCGCGACGGGGGUGGUGCGGGUGAGUUUGGGCGCGGCGAGUACGAGGGCGGAUGUGGAUGCUUUGGUGGGGUUUUUGAGGGAGCGGUUUGGUGGUGGUGGGGGUGGGAGGGAGGCAGGGGUAGAGGUAGAGGAUGGCAGUGGGGAGGAGAGGAGCGGGGAGGAGGAUGCGGUGGUGGGGGUGGUUGGGAAGGAGAGGGUAGAGGAUUCCGGGUCGACGGAAGACUCGUCUGCGGAGGAGGGUGGAUUUGGCGGAGAGAAGAAGAAGACUGAACGGCGCAGAUGGAUGAUGAUGCGUCUGCUUUCGUCGUGUCACCGUGGCAUCAGGAAGUCAGCGGGUCUCCAACAGCAGUAG